AUGACAUUGGAUGUGCCUUUGGGACUGGCCUCGGCUUCACGGCAAUGUGUUGCCGCUGAGGCACGGGAGGUGCCGAGAGUCUACCUGUGGAGCUCAGAGUCUUUGUCCUUGAGCAGUGCGUCAAGGAGGAACAGGAGGUUCGGGCAGGUCUCAUGGACAAUCCCGGCCAUGGGUUUCUUGCUGAGAAGCUCCAGGCGCAGGAAAGAACCUCGGGUGUUGCGGCGGUGCAAAGGACACGGCCGACGCUCGAUGAUGGGAGCCGCACUGGCACUCUCCGCGGGCACAGAAGCGAAGGCUGCAGAGGAGGGCGAUUAUGUCUACCCGGAGUGGCUCACGCUUCCUUUGGCGCCGUAUGCCCGCAGGAGGACUUUGCUGAAGGAGAUCGUCCCCAAUGAGGUAUGGACUCUGGAUCAGAUUUUCGGCACGUUUUAUGUCUAUGUGCCCAUCCGGGCUACGGUGCUCAAGGUGAAGGACGGCCUCUUGGUUUAUGCGCCAGUGGCCGCCACCAAGGAAUGCCUGAGUAUGAUUAAAGACCUGGAGAAGAAGCACGGACCUGUCCGAUGGAUUUUGCUUCCCUCAAAGGCUGUUGAGCACAAGGUAUUGGCGGGGCCUUUCGCAAAGAAAUUUCCGAAAGCCAAGCUCUUUGUAGCUCCUGGACAAUUUUCUGUCCCCGUUGACUUGCCUUUGAAUGUCCUUGGCUUUCCAAGUUACGAGGUCUUGGAUCCGGAGGGCUUGGAGUCGCUCCCCUGGGCUGAGGACUGUCAGACCGCAUAUGUUGACGCGAGCACCUUUGGGGAGGUGGCCUUGCUGCACAAGAGCUGCUUCGCCGCAGAUGGGGUUGUGGAGAGAGAUGCAAGAGAACUGUUGAACAUCCUGGAGGCGGGGCUAAACUUGGAAGGGCAGAGGUGUGGCAUCGACGAGAUGGAGGGAGGGGCUCUUGAACUCACAAGCUGGGUUCACAAGGGGCCCGGGCCCGGCUCUGGAGCGCAGAGGGCACACGGGUGGGACGAUCCGCUACUGCUGCUGCAGCAUCUUUGGAGGAGACGUGUCCAGCCGGUGGUGGCAAGAGUUGUGCGGCGCUUGCCCUGGAGCGAAGCGCUCGACGUUUUGGCAGAUGCCAGGCAGAAGGACGUGAGGGUGCCUGUAUUGGUAACUGCAUGGCGUCAGUCUUUGGAAUGGCUUGGGCAGGCUGACCAGCUAGCCUUCAACUCAGCCUUGAAGGCUAUGGGAUGGCGCAUGAGCAUCUGGCUUCUUUUGAAGUGCCGGCAGUCGUGCUGGCCCCAAGGUGAGGCAGCUGAAGUUUUGCUGUUGAAGAAGACCUCCUGGGCGACAGCACUGCAGAUCUUUUGGUCAUUGAAAGAGAGGACGCGCUUCGCGUUCAACGAAUUGCUCACAAGCACUAGGGAAGCUCCCAGCCAAUGCUUGGGAAUCUUGGCCACAUUGCGGCAGCAGGGAGUGCAGGCCGAUGCUGCCUCCUGGAGUUCAUGUGUGUAUUCCACGCGGAAGAGCUGGCGUCGUGCCUUGGGGCUGGUGACACAGCUCAGGCGACAUUUGCGGUGGGACUUGGAUCAAUACAUGGCCAAAGGAGGCCAUUUUCCUGACUUUUCUAGCUACCUGGGUGCUACCAAUGCAGCUUUCUCCUCUUGCGCCUUAGCCAAGCGCUGGCAGAAUGCGGUGGACCUUCUGAGCCACCUAGGUCGUUUCUCCACGGAAGCCAAUGAGAUCAGCUACAGCGCCUGUGGGGCAUCACUGGACCAGGGCCCCUGGCAGCUGCUCUUCCACUUUUGGGGAUCGAUUGAGCGCAGGUUUCGAGACCCACGGAGAACGGCGGAAGAUCUUUGGAAAGACCUGUUUUCCACGGCCACGGCUGCCCUUGCACGGCAAUUGGAGUGGGCUCUGGCAUUAAGCAUGCUUGCAAGAAGUGAUCUGCUUGAUCCGUUCGCGCUUGACCUGGUGCUGGACGCCUGCGUGAAGCAGAAGGUGGCAUCUGGAAUCUUAGAGGACGUCGCCUUAGAGCGAAACCUGCCAAGACUUGACGUCGUCUUUUCAAUUUCUUUUUUUCUGGGUGCACUUGCUUGGUUGAGGUUGGCAGCUUGGGCAUCAGCUCUUUGCGCAGCUGGCAUGGGCCGAAAAGAGCGCUGGGUGCUAGAUUUUCUUGCGUACCAGCAAGAACUUCAGAACUGCUCCAAGACGUUGGUCGUGACCGAUUCGGUGAUUUCGAUCCCAGAAGAUCCACCGGAAUUGCUUCUGGAUCCUGAGUAUCGUCGGGCGCUGGCCUACCACGCCCGCGAGGCCGCACAAAAUGAGCUUCCGGACACGGUGGAGGUGCGGAGGAAGGGCUGGGCGCGGAUUGCCCUGUUUGCAACCUUCUUCAACCCAGGAGCAUUGUCUGAUGGCAAAGUCGAAGUGCCCGAGGCUGGGGUGACGCGGCCUUGGCAGUGGCAAGAGGGAUGGGAGAAAAGCUUCCAGCGCCUGCGACAAGGUGGUCGGCCUUUUGUGGCGCCCAUCAUCCAGGAGUUGAUCCUCAAGCAGCAGCCGGAGAAGACCUUGAGUUACGUUGACCGGAUCUCUGCUUGGGAUUUCCAGCGCGUGGUGUCGGCGCACUUUGAUUGCCCCAUCCCGCUGAAGCCCAAGCAGUUCCGGGAGAUCUUCAGCUUCUUGACACGGCCAAAGCCCUUGGCCUACUGUGCAGAAGAUGUGAAAUUCCUAGCGGACUUGCAAACCUCGGCCAUUCCCAAUGGUGAGACCGCCACCGCCUCGUCCCAACGCCCAAAGGCGGAGGAGGACACGCGCAGCAAGGAGAUUGAAUGGGCGAUCGAAGGCGACUUCGAUACCUAUUUGCGAAGGACAAAGUUGGAGGGUCGCAGGAUGUCGCGAAGUGGAGAGUGGGGCGGUGAGCCAGAGCUUUUGAUGCUCUCCAAGUAUCUCAAGCGCCCCAUUGAGGCCCCUUACCGUGCGAGAUUGGCUGGCAUGAUUCCUGCUCAUAUCAACCCAGCCAAUGUUUACGGCUUUGAUCCACUCACCCCUCAAGAGCUGGGUGCCUUCAGGGUUCAGGGACAGGUGCUUGCAGAUGCGCAUCGAGCAGCUCAUGGAGCACCUGCCGUGGUUCCUGGUGUAGCAGUGGCAGCUCCAGCACCGGUGGUCCGUCCAGGGGCAGCUCCAGCUGCCCCGCCCGGAGGUGCGGCCAUCGGUGCAGGAGCAAUGGGGGCAGCAGUGGUUGAAGCAGUUGAUACACGGGUUGUUUUGGAGGACGGUGGACCCCACAAGAAAGGUGACAUAGUUGCCCGAGAUCCAGCAGUGUUGCCACCCGCCAGUUUGGUCACUGGUGAGAGAGGAGUUUUACCAGUGGCCGGAACUGCCGUGUUGAUCAGAAAGGUGAAGGCCUCUGAGGCCGCCGCUUACAGACUGGAGGAUUUGAGGCUUCAGGUGAUUCGGGAGGCACAUCGGAUUUCUCCCGGUCAGCCGGACUACAGCUCCUCAGAUUUGAUGAUGGGAUGGAAGUACAAGCGUGCUGGGGCUGGCAUUGAUUCAACAUUGGCUGCACAUGUGGCCAACGAGCUCAAGGCAGAAGCUGCCAUAGCAAAAGAAGCACGAAAGGCAAGAGAAGAGCAAGCAGCCCGCCGCAAAGGCCCCAAGCCCGGGAAGGGCAAGGCCGAAGGUUACUACAACGGUGAGGCCCUACGACAGAGGCCGCCUCCUACUCUGGCAGCUGGCACGGGUGCUUCCUGGGCAAGGCUGUCCAUUCCGGAGGGCAGAGAGCUUUUUGUGGCACAGUCAGACAUCAAGGACUAUUUUUACUCUCUUCAACUACCUGAGAGUCUCCGGAGCCUUUUUUGCAUGCCGCCUAUCCCAGCCUCGUUGUUGAGGCACUGGGGGGUGAGCGCCGAACAUGGUGGCUCCCUCGUCUAUGAUGGCUGGGCGCAUCCACGACUUCGAGUUGUGCCCAUGGGAUGGUCAUGGGCGAUGUGGCUUUCACAGAGGGUUCAUCAGGUGCAGUCACAGAUAGGAGCAGGCAUUUCACAGGACCGUGUUCUGGUGGAUGGCAAGCCCGCUCCCGACCUCUCUGACGGCCAGGUACUGCUUUUGCCCUACGCGGACAAUUUGAAUGUGGCUGGAGUGGACCAGAGGCGAGUUCAGAUGGCAAAGGAUGGGGCAGUGAAGAGACUUAGGGAAGUUGGGCUUCUAGUUCAUGAGGAGAUGGAUGCUUGCACAGUGGCUCAAUCUUUGGGUUAUUGCAUUGAUGGGGUGGCUGGCACGGUCAGGGUAUGUCGAAGGGUAGCAUGUUUACUGCUUGCAACCUCCUCCAGCCUGAACUUGCGCUGGAUUCCAAGUGAGAUUAACGUGGCAGAUGAGGGCUCUCGCCGUUGGGAACGUUCCAGGAAAGCUCACGGCAGCGAAAGUCAGACAUUCCUGGAACAAAGUGCAAUCUCCAUGGAGGUGGCCGUGGACUACAAGCAUCGGAUGCAGAUUUUUCGAAAGUUUGCGAAGGAACACAAGCUUUCCCUUCGUGGGCAGAAGAAGUUGGACGAGAGUUUUUGCUUCUUUCUGAACAGUCUCUUCGAGGAAGGGAACGACAUUGGCGAUGCAACAAAGCACCUCGCGGCCCUCAUCGACAGCGAGCCGGGCUGCACAGGCAAGGACAGCCUCCCCCGCUCGAGGCGAUGCUUGCAAGGAUGGCGCCGCCUGGACCCGGGUGCAACUCGUCCUCCCAUGCCAUGGGAGCUGAUAGCAGCCAUAGUCAUGAAGCUGGUUCAGAGGGAGUUGAUCGAUCAAGCCUUGCUAGUCCUCCUCAUGUUCGAUGCCUACCUGAGACCAGGGGAGGCCUUGAGCUUGCGAAGAGAAGACUUGGUGGAGCCGACCGCGCAACACCCCUUCUUCAGCCUCAACCUGCAUCCAUCAGACCGACAGGAAAGUUCAAAAGUCGGACUAUCCGACGAGACCAUCCUCCUCGAUUCGAAGACGACCCCCUGGAUGGGGCUCCUGCUGCGUCAUCAUCUAAGCCUCCAUCGGGGGGAGAUGAUCUUUCGGGUGGACUAUCGCGGACUGCGAGAUGCCUGGCAGGGCGCACUAGUCGACUUGGGCCUCUGCAGGACGCAUUCCGUGCUAUAUCAACUGAGACACAGUGGUCCCUCCUACGAUCGGAUGGUGAAACAUCGCAGCCUUUUGGAUGUCAAGAAGAGAGGCAGGUGGUUGUCGGACAGUUCAGUGCGGCGCUACGAAGCGAGCGCGCGACUCAACCAGGAGUUCCAGAAGCUUCCAAAGAAAGUACAGCGAGACUUGAAGACAGAGAGGAUUCGUGUCCUUUUCCAUGGCUACGGCCACUACUCUGCGAUGGUACAGGUGGAGGCACGGUUAAGGGUGACCGAGAGCCUCGUGCGCCGAAGGGUGACGCGCCAGGUGAACUUUGUCCUCUCACAUUCAGACAUUGAGUGGCAUGACUUGAAGCUGCCGGUUCUGACCUUUCAAAGGGGCAAGGCCACACGGCGUGUGAUCCGGGUGCCCAUGUGGGAACAGCUUGAUGGUUCUUGGAGCCGGAAGGUGGAACAGCUGGUCUUGAGCAAUGACGGUGCGAGGACCUACGACGGCAAGCGUGGGCAGCGGGUUUUUUGGAGAGGCACUGACAGUGCGGUGCCAGCACAGGACUGUGAUCCUCAAGUGCAUGUGGCCUGCCAUGUGGACAACUCCACUCUUCGCUACUUCUCACGUCUCAAGGUCUCGCGGAUGUCGCGACAGCUCCCUCGACGGAUCGACGCCAGCCUUUCAGGCGUAAAGCAGCGCGCAGUGGCCAUCGGCUUGGACGCAGUGUACCGAAGGCUUGGUGUGCUGGAUGAAAGCCCUCGAGAGGUAAGCAUUGAGGAGCAACUUCAACAGCGCUUCCUGUUGGAUAUGGAUGGAAGUAGCCAGCGUGCCUAUGGCAGACCAAUCUUUGUGCACACUCCCAUGUGCAGCUGGUUGAAGCGCAUAGUUUUUGAUGUCGACUCGGCUGUAUUGGGCCCUUCUUUCCAACUCUGUUGUCUUCAAGCAGGACACAAAAGCCUGCAAUUGGUACUCUGA